AUGGAAGACUCGCAAGGGGACGUUGAAAAGGCGCCUGAAAGCGAAUCAACAAAGUGGGAACAAGAAACCAGCGGCUCGGAAGAGAAUGUGACUGAUAAUGAGACAUCGAGUUCGGAUGGCGAUGAGGAAGAAGAAGAGCCAAUGUUCAGUUAUAGCCGCAUAACGGGGCUACCGCCUACAUUCUUCCACAAAGAUGCUGUUAGCUGUGUUUUGAUACACGAAUCAGUCUAUGUUUUUGCCACCCAUUCUGGAAUUGUUCAUUUAGCAAACACAGAUAUGACGCCGCUGCGUACGGUCCGCAAUCACAGAGCCUCAAUUGUAGAUAUAUCGUGCGAUGGCCAGUACGUUGCCACGGCCUCAAUUGAUGGUACGGUUGUUAUUUUGUCUAUCACAGACACACAGGAUGUUGUUCCAGCAAGCUUCAAUAGACCUGUGCAUUGCGUGGCAUUGGAUCCGAACUACAAAAAUACUAAAUGCUAUCUCAGUGGAGGCACUGCUGGCACAGUGAUCAAAUCAGAGAAAGGGUGGCUAAGAGGAAAAAAAGACACUGUCUUGUAUGAGAGCACUAGCACUGUAUUGGCUAUCAAGUGGUGUGGUACCCGAGCUAUUUGGUGCACUGAGGAGGGUAUCAUUGUUUACGACACUUCCUCGAGCACGAUUCUUCAAAGAAUCUCUCGGCUACCGAACUCUCCUCAAGCAAAUCUCUACAGGCCCCAAAUCACGCCCUCUAGUAUAGAUUCACGUGUGUUGGUCGGCUGGGGAUCAAGUAUUUGGAUCCUAGAUCUUGAAAGUCCUGACAUUGUUCUCUCAUCGUUCAAUGUCGAGUGGCUGCUGUCAGGGCUGACAUUUUUCCACGAUAAUAUACUACUACUUUGCUCACGUCUUGCCGAGGAACCAGAACUGCGCUUGAUGGACUACACAGGCUCUGAAACAUACGCUGAUGAGCUCUCCCUGGUGGAUUAUUCUCGGCUAGGUCCCAAUGACUACCAUUUACAAGGAUCUGGUCCGUUUUAUCUUGUAUCUGCUAAGGACGCAGUAAUUGCUCGAGAAAGGGAUGUGAAAGAUCACGUAGACUGGCUCAUGGGCCGGGGCCAAUUUGUGGAAGCUUAUAACAGCUCGGAGAAAGUGUGUGAUGACCCGACUCGUAAGAGAAUUGGUCUAAAGGCAGUUGAGAGCCUAAUUGAACUACAGUCUUGGACAGAUGCAGGUAAAUUGCUAAAGUCUGUUUUAGGCCCAGAUGACGCUAACGAAUGGGAAAUAUGGUCUAAACGCUUCCUAGACCACGCACACUAUUUUUCGCUGGGAGAUAAUUUGCCUAGUGAUUUAGCGGGUCUUGAUGAUGUUCGAACAUCGAUCCUGGAGCACGCUGCUACUACCUCUUCUAAAAAGCUUUUGGAAUAUGUUCAGAAUUGGGAUUUCUCACUUUAUGAUUCUCAAUCAGUUCUAAGCGAAGUCGAAUCGAGCACCGAUCCAACAAUAAUAGAUGCUCGAGCUCGACUGCAUCGACAAACAGGAGAUCCUCUUAGGGCGGUGGAAGACUACUUGAAGCUUGGAUCCAGCAAUGCAUUCAAAGUGACAUCGGAGUGCUAUCUCUGGGGCGAUACUUUACCUUUACUAGCUAAAAUUUUGCGGGCUGGCAGCGAGCCUGACAUACAGAGUCGGCUCUCUGUGCUCGUUGCAAACAAUCUGCAAGUAUCUCCAAAAAAAGUCGUUGAAGAGCUGCAAAAUGCAAAAGAGGACCAGCUGUUGUUGUGGUAUCUUGAACUCUUGGGGUCUGAAAACGAGCUUUUAAUCAGACCGUUUGGUGAUCUGCUGGUGAAGCUGUAUGGAGAGUUCGCUCGAGACAAACUCAAGGUUUUUCUUACCAGAAAUGACAAUUACAACCUGAGCGUCGCAAUACAGGUUUGCGAUUCAAAACAGUAUACUGAGGAGCUGGUUUAUUUAUUAGGCAGGGUUGGCCAAACCCAGAAAGCCCUGGGCCUUCUACUGGAUGAACUCAACGCAGUCGAACAAGCGGUUGAGUUUGCCGCUCAGCAUGAUGAGGCUGAGCUUUGGAAUACACUCAUAAUGCAUAGUACAAGCAAACCGGAAUUGGUUAUCCGGCUUCUUCGUUGCCCCCAGGUGAGUCCUGUACAAGUGCUCCUGAAAGUGCCCGAGCAUCUUCAAAUCCCAGGCCUGAAAAAAUCCCUCUUGCAGAUUUUUGAAAACCAGUCUGCGGUCAUUGAUCUGAACUAUGGAGCGCUUGCGGUUUUCCGCUCAGAGUCCAAAAGCUUGUUGACGGGCUUACAGAAAAGUCGCCAUGCCGGUGUGAAAGUAGACGCACCAGACGACAUGCUAGAUGGAGGUGGAUUGCUAGUGCAGGGUGAAAAGAUAAUGCCUAUUUCUGAACUUGAUCCUCAGGGAGAGAUAAAAUUCGGGUUUUCCACGCUUUCAAACAAGAUUCGCAAGUUGGCUCGACUCAUCACUUUUGCCAGCACCAACAAUCCCGCUCCGACCGCGUCGCAUGCGGCUGCAUGA